CAACCAUUGCUAGGAGCACGCCCACAAAAUCCAUCUGGGAACACUGGGCUGCUGGCAUUUCAAAGACAGCGUCGUUUCUUAGACAGGAUUAGACAAAGCCAUUUUUUUUUAGUUUAAUUAAACGACAUUGCAUACCAGUUUGUAAGGCGUGGACGAUUAAAAAUAAAUAAAUAAGAAAAAGAUCCUGUUGUUUACUCCAAACAACCAGGGCAAUCAACAGAAUGAAUACUUGCGGGGGAGAUUCUUUGCUCUUGUCUAGCUAUUAAACAGAAUCCCAUGUGCUGCCAUGGACGGUGUGAAGCUGGACUCUGUCCAGAUUAAAGGGGAGUUCCCUGAACUUGAACCUGUCCCCAUUGGAGUAGAGUUCUCUGGGCUGGUUUCCCUCUCCAUUAAACAGGAGCUCUCUGAGAUGCCAUGUGGCAGCAGUCAGCCAGAGGUCUCUGAGAUUAAAGCUGAGCACAAUGAACUGGAGAUCCCCCAGACAGAAGAACCCCUUCCUGUUAAACAAGAAGAGGUGCUGGAAAUUGUCCGUAUUAAACGGGAGCCCAGUGAAGUAGAAUUUGAUCACAUGGAACCAGGGAAGGAAGAAUCUGAGAACUUCAAACCAAACAUCCUUGAGCUGGAGCCUGUACGCCUGCAGGAGUGUAGUGUGGUGCUGGAAAGAAUCUUCGUGAGAGGACAAUGCGCUGGAGAGGAAGGCUCUCCCAACAGAAUGCAAGGAGGUGGAAAGGAAGACAGACAGUCACGUUCAGAAUGCAGUCUAACAGGUUCCAGUCCAGCAGCUAAAGCGAAGGCGGGCGGUGGAGAAGAUACUGACUGUGGGAAAAAUUUCACCCAGUUAGGACAUUUACAAAAAACACAGAGAACUCACACAGGAGAGAAACCUUAUUGCUGCUCUGACUGUGGGAAGUGUUUCAAUCAGUCAAACAGCCUUGUAUCACACCAGAGAAUUCACACAGGAGAGAAACCGUAUCGCUGCUCUGACUGUGGAAAGAGUUUUAAUCAGUCAAACAGCCUUGUUUCACACCAAAGAAUUCACACAGGAGAGAAACCGUAUUGCUGCUCUGACUGUGGGAAGAGUUUCAGUCAGGCGGGAAACCUGAAAGCACACCAGCGAAUUCACACAGGAGAGAAACCGUAUUUCUGCUCUGACUGUGGGGAGAGUUUCAGUCGGUCAGACAGCCUUGUUUCACACCAGCAAAUUCACACAGGAGAGAAACUGUAUUGCUGCUCUGACUGUGGGAAGAGUUUCAGUCAUUCAAGCAACCUGAAAGCACACAAAAGAAUUCACAAAGGAGAGAAACCGUAUUGCUGCUCUGACUGUGGGAAGAGUUUCAUUCAGGCGGGAAACCUGAAAACACACCAGCGAAUUCACACAGGAGAGAAACCGUAUUGCUGCUCUGUCUGUGGGGAGAGUUUCAGUCGGUCGCUCAGCCUUGUUUCACACCAGCAAAUUCACACAGGAGAGAAACUGUACUGCUGCUCUGACUGUGGGAAGAGUUUCAGUCAGUCAGGAGACCUGAAAACACACCAGCGAAUUCACACAGGAGAGAAACCGUAUUGCUGCUCUGACUGUGGAAAGAGCUUCAGAAACUCGGGAAACAUGAAAAAACACCAAAGAAUUCACACGGGAGUAAAACCAUAUUGCUGCUCUGACUGUGGGAAGAGUUUCAGUCAGAUGGGAAACCUGAAAGCACACCAGCAAACCCAUACAGGAGAGAAACCAUAUUGCUGUUCUGACUGUGGGAAGCGUUUCAGAGAUUCAGGAGACCUGAAAACACACCAGCGAAUUCACACAGGAGAGAAACCAUAUUGCUGCUCUGACUGUGGAAAGAGUUUCAGUCAUUCAAGCAACCUGAAAAAACACCAGCGAAUUCACACAGGAGAGAAACAGUAUUGCUGCUCUGACUGUGGUAAGAGUUUCAGUCAGACGGGAAACCUGAAAACACACCAGCGAAUUCACACAGGAGAGAAACCGUAUCUCUGCUCUGUGUGUGGGAAGAGUUUCAGUCUUAAAAAAGGUCUUCAAAACCACCAGCUAAUUCACAGAGGACAGAAACCUUAAAGAUCUGUUCUGGGGGUGUGCUUUUGGUACAUUUUUGUGAAUGUUUUAAAGUUUAACACUAGAACCGCUGAGAUUUCAGACUGUAUACAACCGUGCACCCGCAAAAUGUCCUGCUCCAUUUUAAAAUUACUUUGAUAUAAAAAUGAAAAACAAUCGGAUACAACUUUAAUAUUUUUAUUUAUGAACA